AUCGUGGGGGAGCACGGCGGUGAUCCAUUCCCUUACCAGAACAGCUGAACCGAAAACUAAGACUUUCUGGUCAACCAUUUCUGGUCAACGAAGGGUCAUUUUACGAUGUCUCGCUGCUUUCCUUAUCCACCACCAGGAUAUGUAAAGAAGGCGAGGAAUGAUGCAAGGCGUGACCAUGUGGACUCACUGGCAAAGGCGAAGCAAAAAGAGAAAAAGCAUAAAAAGGAGAGAACGGAUGAAGAAAAAAGCAAAGAUAAAAGGAGGAAGGACAAAGAACUAAGUCAAGAUAAACACAAAGAGAAGAACAAUCAAAAAGAAAAGCAUAAGGACAAGAAAAAGGACAAGGGUGUAAGCAGGACAUCUGAAGAUGGGACUGAAAAACCGAUUCAAUCUCACCAUGAAGACAGGCUUGGGGGCAGAUGGAAAACUAUAGAAACCAACCAUUGUAAACUUAGUGAUGGGUUGGACCGUCAGAUCAAAAUGGAAGAAAAGGUCUCAGCAAACAGAGUGGUCGAUAACUUCACUAGUUCAGUUCAAAGAAGCUCUGAUGUAUCGGGUACUAAAGCUGCAAAGGUUAUUGAAAGAGUUGCAAGUAAUAAAGUUAUUCCUGCUUCCAUGGAUUCCUUGACAAGCAGAAUUAAUGGGAUGGGAAGACCAGCAGACAGAGUCCUAAAUUCAAUUCAAAGUCAGGCUGAGGUCCUUCGAUCUGCAAACGCAAUUCAAAGAGAAAGAAAUGCAGCUAACAAGUUGGUUUCAAACCUCACUCAUCUUGAGCAAACAGGAGAUGCUGGUAAGGGUCAACCAGUAAAUAACUCUAGGGUUUCUAUUCAACAAAAAACUGAUGGUCCAUAUGUUGCUGCUGUGGGAAAAAAGGAAAACUGCAAACAGAACAAAGCCCUUACAGAUCCCAGUAGCACAAUGCAAAGAUCAUUUAAUGGUUUGAGUCGAUCAGCAGAAAGCACUGCCAUUUUAGCUAAUGAGAAAGUUGAUGGCAUUGGCCUCACAAAGACACUAGAGGAUAGAGGAGAAACAAAGAAAUUUGUUCCAAACAACAUUUUAAUAGAGCAGAGAGAACAAGAUGGGAUCAGCCAAGCAGUGGAGAAGGAUGCUGACAAAAGAAUUGGAAGGAAAGAAAAGAACACGGAGGAGGAAGCUUAUGGUAGAAAAGUAGAAAGACACAAGGACAGAGAUUGGGAUAAGGACAAGAGCAAACUUGAAGUGAAAGGAAAAGAUCAGGAAAAAAGUAGUCAGAACUGUGAGCGAAAACAUAAAGAAUACGAUGAGAUAACAGACAUGGGUAAAAAGGUUCAUAUGGAUAUUCCAAAUGCAGAACUGAUAGCUUCUGCAGAAGACCAGAAGAGUAGCAAUACUCAUGAAAAUAAGAAAAGAAAGGAACUUGAGAUGAAUGGCCUUGUGCAUGAGAACAAUUUGCUUCCUAACAAGUUCCAGAGAACAACUGCAUCCGACCUUUUAGCAAAUGGGAAAAUAGUGAACUUAUCCCAUAAUGCUUGUUCUUCCAUGAGUUCUGGGGCCUUAAACAACAGCAAGGCAGGAAAGCACCCUGUAGAUAAAAAAGAACACAUUACAAAAGACAUAAAAGCAGCGCAACCAUCAUCAGAUGGCUUGAGGCAUCCGGCUGUUAUGCACAUGAAACCUCCUCAUCCAGACUCCAAGUAUCUUGAUGAAAUGUACUCUGUUCCCAAAAUGGAUGAUUAUCCAGAAUAUGAUGACCAGGAUUGGUUAUUUUGCAGAAGUCACCUUCAUUCAAACCCAAGGACAAAGCUUGAGGCUGAUGAAAGACCCCGAGUGUGGGCCAAGGCAAUAAGAAUUGGGUCCGAAAAUGUUGUUGCUUUGCCCUAUGUCAUUCCAUUUUGAUAACGGACACUCAUUAUACCUGAACUGCCUGAUUCCUUCUGAAGAUGCGGUAGCAGGAUCAAGAUACGCCACUUUGUUCCUUGUUGCUGCCUUUCGUUUUAAAAGCCUGUUCUUUCAGGUGCAAGUUCUGACUUGUUGCAUCAGUAUUACAUGCCACUUACAAUGUCCUGGACCGUUUUAAGUUGGAUCUUCACUCACUUGUGAUGCUCGAGAUGUGGAAUGGCUCUGAGCUUGCAGGAUUUGGAGGAUGUGUCAAGAUAUGCUCAUAUCUGUAUCAUAUCAAGUCGAAAUGAGCUUGUUUGCUGAAAAUUUUCGGGUCCAUAAAAUAGAGCAGAGAUCUUGGCUUAUUAUAUAGCUUUUGAAUUGGUUCGAAAUGAUCACCCUUAUCAUGGAUACAAAAGGGUUUUCCUGCUACACUAUUGCACAAUUUCAUGUAAAGCUUUUCAUAACUUUAAAUGUACAGUAGAAGGGGGAGAGAAGAAAACUAGAGAUAAUGUUGUCAUUCAUUGAUAUCUUAUCAUAGGCUGACUUUGUUUUUAUUUAGGGAGAGGUUGAUAUAAUAGAGGCUCCGUUAGCAUGAGUUCUGAAAGUGCAAUGACAUUUUUUUUUGGUUGCACUAGCUGAAAUCACUUUGCAUCUUAGACAAUUUUUCAUAUGGUGGAUGCUCAAGUAGCUCUCGAGAUAGAUGAUCUUGCUUAUUGAAGCCACUACUAGGAAAAUACAGCAAAGAUACCAAGUAGCUAUACAAUUUUUUCCAGUGUAGUCUUUACGUUUUUUUUUUCCUAGUCUAAAUUUGUGUUUGUUGCAUAACAAUUGUAAAUGAUGUUCAAGACAUGUCCUAUAUCAAUUCCAUUUAAAUGUCUUUUGUUUCGAGAUAUUGUCAGAACCUAUUUUGUUUUCUAACGACAAGAUGUGGUUGGAGUUCGGAAACUGUACUAUGUUAUCCUGUGUAACUUUCGGCAUUCUUAAAUCAUUUAAUUCCUUCA